AUGAAAGCCAACGACCGCACUGCUAUCGUCGGGGAGAGCGUCGUCCUGGUCCCGUACAGACGCGAACAUGUCGCGAGAUAUCACGAGUGGAUGGCCGACCCCGAGUUGAGAGAGCUGACGGCGAGCGAGCCGCUUACGAUCGAGGAGGAGUACGAGAUGCAGCGAAAAUGGCAGGAGGACGAAGACAAGCUGACAUUCAUCAUACUCGCUCGCGAACCUGCGGCGCCGAACUCGGACGCUCCGUCCGUGGACGAGAUCAAGGCGAUGCCCAUGAUCGGGGACGUGAAUCUCUUUCUGAACGGAGAUCCGGCGGACGACGAUGAGUAUGAGGCCGAGGUGGAGAUCAUGAUCGCCGAACGCGCGUACCGCCGCUCCGGACGCGCCCGCGAGGCGCUGCAGCUCAUGUUCGCCUACGCCACUUCGCGUUCCUCCCCUGCUCCGCUACCCGUACCCGCGCGCGCGCUGACGGUCCGGAUCGGGGAGACGAACGAGGCCAGCGUGCGGCUGUUCGAGAAGAUGGGGUUCGCGGUCGUGAAAAGGGUGAGCGUGUUCGAGGAGGUCGAGAUGCGGUUGGUCGGCGACUCGUCGGUGGCCCGCCGGUGGACAGAGGGGCACCACAUCGAGUUUCCGUGA